CGUUGGAUUUAUUCUCCGUAUAAUCUGACGGACGAAAACAACAAAGUACAAUAUCCUCUGUUUGGAAAUAGGGGGAGAAAUAAAAGUCUAGGGUUUUGCGCAUACUCGGAGAUCAUGCAGCUAAGAGAACGGUACCUCUAAUCUCUAAUGGCGAAAGAAAGCAAAAAAAAACGUGGUUGGAGAUUUAUCGUAGACUGAAAACUUAACAGCUAUUUCUCGAAGAAAGAUUUGCGUAGGGUGAUGUAUGUUCUAGAAUUUGCAGCCUUGCUAUACUUUUUUAGCCCUCAAAUCAAUCAUGUUAAGCCGCUGGUUCUUACAAGGAGCUUCUUUUCCAAAUAUGCUUACCCAAACGACUAACGCAAUCGUUAUUCCUGCUGUUUCUGGUUGUCUUAUUGUUGUGGAGAAGAAACCGUAUGGUUCCUCGUGGAGAAAUUCCAUUUUUGACCCUAAGAAGUCGGCAACUGUAGAUGCAAUUUUCAGUGCAAGAAGUUAUUCAUCAUGCAAGUUGCAGAAAUUUCCAUUGCUAUUUGGUGCAGGUGAUUUGAAAUUGAAAGUUUUUAGUAAGUCUACCAAACUAGGGAGCAGAAGUUUUGCUUGCUUCCAUAAGAUGAAUGAUGUUUGCAAUUUGCGGAACCUUCGAAGUAAACAUAGCUGUUCUUACAUCUCAAGCAAGGCUACAAGCUCACUGCCUGAUGGAAAUUCUGGAUCAAGGAUGUCUCGAACGGAGAGAACAGAUGCACAGAAUGCACUUUUCGACUAUCUCCACUACACCAGGUGCUUGAACUUCACCGACGCCGAGCACAUUAGUAAGAACUCGCCUGUAUUCCUUCAGAGUCUCCUAGCAAAAGUCAAUGAUGGCGAAGAAGUUGGGCGGUCAGUUUCCAGGUUUCUUCGCUUCACUCCCAUCAAUGAAUUUGAACCAUUCUUUGAGAGUUUAGGCUUGAAACCUUCUGAACUGUAUGCCCUUCUCCCUCACAAUUUAAUUUACCUAACAGAUGAUCAUCAUUUGAUAGAGAAUUACCAUGUCCUCUGCAACUAUGGAGUUCCUCGGAGUAAAAUUGGGAAGAUGUACAAAGAAGGUAGUGAGAUGUUCAGAUAUAAUCAUGAUGUCUUGAAUUCGAAACUUCAAAGCUAUGAGAGGCUUGGCUUGAGCAAACCAACAAUCAUCAAGUUGGUCACCUGUUGCCCAGCCCUUCUGAUUGGUGAGCUUAACAGAGAUUUUCUUGAAGUCCUUACAAAACUGAAAGCCUUAGGAGUAGAACUGGAUUUGGUCAGGGGGUGUUUGUCGGAUAAGAGCGUAUACCAUUGGGAUCGAAUUCUUAAAAUGCUUAAUUUUUUGGAUGGGAUGGGCUGCAACCAAAAAAACCUCGAAACACUAAUCAAUCAGCAUCCAAGAUUUGUUUUUGAUGAUUCUGGGAAGAAGAUUUACAUCUUAGUUGCAUUAUUGUUGAAACUGGGUAUUAAAAUGGAUGAUAUCUUACUCUUAUUUGUACAAUAUCCUCAAAUUCUUGCUGGAAAUUUUGUAAAAAAUUUGUGGCAGUCCAUUUACUUCUUAUUUGACAUUGGCAUGAAUGUGGAGGACAUUAAAAUGAUUGUCAAGACUCACCCUCAUGUUCUGGGGGCAUCCUCCAGCAAAAGCCCUUAUUUUGUUUUGCAGAGAUCGAAACUGUCGGAGCACCAGCUAUGCGACAUCAUAAAAGAAGAUCCAAAUCAGUUCACUUAUCUGAUUACCAGUAAGAAGUCAAGCGCUAUCAACUUGCCAAAAGUUGAAGGCACCUUUCUGAGGGAAAAGACUGAUUUCUUGCUAAGAUUAGGUUUUGUUGAGAACUCUGAUGAAAUGGCAAGAGUGCUCAAGAAGUUUCGAGGCAGAGGGGAUCAACUGCAGAAAAGGUUUGAUUUCCUCGUUGAAAUCGGUUUCGACUGCCACACUGCAGCUGAAAUGAUCAAAGCUGUUCCCCCAGUGUUAAACCAGUCCAUUGAUGUUCUUGACAAGAAGAGUACUUACCUUCUGAAUGAUUUGGGCUAUCCCUUAGAGGCACUGGCCGCUUUUCCGACAUUUUUAUGCUACAACUUAGAUAAGAUAAAAUUGAGAUUUUCCAUGUUCCAGUGGCUCAAGGAGAAUGGAGUUAGCUUCUCCACCAAAAAUAGGAAAUUGGCUAGUCCUACAGUUGCCUUGAGUACAGUUCUUGCAUGCUCAGAUGCUCGGUUUUUCAAGUAUUUUGUAAAUUUGCACCAUAGAGGCCCAGAGGAAUGGGAAAGGUUGAAAAGAUCGUUCUCGUCAAAGUAACGCGUUUUUUAAAGAUCUCCGAAGCUGAGACACAGCGGCGGCUUGGAUUGCCUUGGCUAACAUCAAUGUUCACAGAAUUUGUGAAAUAACUUCGUUCUCUAAAUUUCAUUGCAGCUGUAGGAUUGAAUGGAGGAAUUGGACUUAAGCUUCAUCAGCUU